AGCAUUUGGAUUCUUCGUGGCGAAGAAUGUUUUUAUUCUUUAAUAUCUAUAAUAAUAUCGUCGAUUUCUUGAUUCGACAAUUGUUUUCUUCUUUCGUAUAUUUAGUUCGUUACAUGUAAUCAUUAAACAUGGAUAUUCGCGGAAUAGAAGUCACGAAUCAAUUACGAAGUGCAAUUCGUGCUAAACUAUUGGAAUUAGGAGUACGAUAUGAUGAGGAAUUACCAGAUUAUAUUUUAGUGAUGGUCGUAAACAAAAAGUCCCGUCAGCAGAUGCACGAGGACUUGUAUUUGUUUUUGGAAAGUUGUACAACCCCGUUUGUAGAUUGGUUACAUGACCAAGUAUUGAAAAAGUUACAAAAGGUUACUGUAGCUAAAAAGAAAUCAUUAAGAGAGUUUGUACCUAUGGUUGUGGUUAAACAAGAAGAGGAAAGGAAAAAGAAAAAAGCGUGUACAACUUCCUUCUUGGAAGAUCAAGCUGCUAAUCAAACGCCUGACAAGACUUCAAAUAAAAGCUUAAAGGAUGACAAAUCAUUCCACAAGCAGAACACAAAAGCAUCCAUAUCUAGUCAAAAAUUGGAUACAAGUCAAAACAAAAAUAUAGAUAAAUCUGUAAGAAAUACAAAUAAUGAAAAUAAAUCAGAUGGUACUCCUAAUCAUAUUUCUCAUCAGUCUGUAGUAAAAAAAACACAGACAAACGACAGCCAAAGUAUCAGUAUCAAUAAAGAAGUAUCUACCAUUGAAACUUUUAACAGUAAAGUUGGAGAAUCCCAUACCAAUACAAAAUUGGAUGAUAAAUCGUCUAGAAAUCUUAAAAGACCAUUAGAUACGACGAAUAAUCAUAAAGAUGGUUCAGAGAAAAAACAAAGCGAAGUAAAAAGAUCAAAAAUUGAGGAGAAUGGUGAAAGUACAACAGAAGAUAAUGCAAAGAAAUUGAAGUCUUGCGUGAAUAAGCCAAAAGUCACCUCUGUUGUUUCUGUUAAAAAUCGUUUGGGAGUGGUAUCUCCUAGGAAGAAAUUUGAAGUUCACAGAGAAAGAACAGACAGCGAAAGCAGAUAUAGACAGAAUGAAAAACAUCUUGAAAAACAUAGAUUAGACAGUAAUCGUAGUACUAAUUUUCAGAGGGGAAGAAAUUUUGACGCUGACGAACGAUUAAAAAGAAGUCGCGAUAUCGAGUUGAAACACAAUGAUUCCGAUAAAAUUAGUAAUAUUAAGACUCGACUAGGAAAUACUAAAAUUGAUAAAAUUUCUAAAAGUAUUGAGUUAAAAGAGAAGGCGAAUUCUAAUGUAAAGUCAAGAUCGGUAGAGAAGAUGACAGGUACUAUUAAAGAUCGUUUAGGGAUCGGACAUACCAAUAAACCAUCGAAACAGCCAGGAAAUAAAGAGGCUAUGGAAUUUAAAAGUAAACUCUUAGAACAGGACCGUGAUACUUCAGUCAUCAAUAAAAAUAUAAAGAAUAGAUUGGGACCAUUAAAGAAUAAUUUCAAGCCAAUAGGCAUUAAAAGUAAUUUUUCUUCGUCGAUUAGAAAAUCUCAAAGUAGCGAAGACGACGAUUACCUCAAUUUGGGCGCGGAGGAAGAAUUGGACGAUGAUGCACAAUCUGUGGGAAAUUCUGGUCCUAUUAAAUCCCAUAUAAUAGCUGUAAAUAAACCUAUGCCAAUCAAAAGUGACAGAAAACGAUUAAAACCAUUAGAGAAAAUGAAUAAAGAAUCAAGUGACAUAGAAGAUAUCGAAGAAACUAAGAUACCCAGUAAAGUAAUUGUAACACCAAGGCCAUUGAAACCAUUGCAACCUGCACAAAAACGGGCUACACAGUCACUUUUAUUAAGAGCUGUUGCAGAAGCAAAUCAGUCUGUGGUUACACAAAAAAAUCCAGAGCCAUCUUUAUUGGAUAAAAAACAAAUGUUAAAACGCCUUAAACCUGCUGCUGCAAGAGAUGUAGGCCAAACUUUGUCGGUACAUCUCAAUUCCAAUAAGAGAUUAGUAAUGGAAAAAAUCCAAGUAGAAUUAAAUACAGAUAUCGCAGAAGCAAAAUCAAGUCCUUAUGUACCGCAACCAGUUUCCGAGGAGCAUAUGGGAGUCAUAAUGUCGUUAUUUCAAAGGAGCGACGAUAAUCAGAAAUUUUUAGUUACAUUGAACGGAUAUAACAACAAUCUUGUGAACGAAAAAACUAUGUCUGAUGACGAUGAACGUUUGGAGAUGGAGGUAGUUAGUAACGACAGUCAGUUAAUGGUAAACGAAGACGAUGAACUUGCACUUUCAACAAUUCAAAAUGAUAUAUAUGUCCAAAAUGAAUCAGAAACGUCUGUUUUUCAAAUAACAGAAGCAGAAGAAGAAGGUGAUGUGAAGGAAAGAACGGACGAAAGUAAUGAAAAUUGCAACACCGAAAAUGUCGAGAAAACCGAAGAACCACCGAGAAGGAGAAGAAAAUUAAGCCCAAUCAUUUAUAACCGAUCCCAUUCGCCAAGUCCCGCAGAAUUAAAGACUAACACGUUAAUAACAAAUUCAGUAUUGACAAAACGUUUAGAAAAAAAAACAUUAACGGAGAAUCCAGUGACUGUUAUAGAUAAAUCCAAGGAAAAGUGUAGAUACUGGCCAAAUUGUACAUUAGGAAAUAAAUGCUCGUAUCUUCAUCCUGUUGUUAUGUGCAGCGCGUUCCCGGCCUGCAAGUUUGGAGACAAAUGUGCUUACAAACAUCCCAAAUGUAAAUUCGGCUUAUCUUGCACAAAAUUGGGGUGCGUGUUCUCUCAUCCCGCUCAGCAAUGCAAAUAUCAUCCUUUUUGCACGAAACCGGCCUGUCCAUAUUCGCAUCCCAUGCCGGUAGCUGCGGAAUCUUCAAGUCAAAGGGCCAAAUUUACUUGGCGUAGACGAGAUUGAGUCGUAAUCUUGUGCAAAUUGUACAGAUUCCCUUUUCUUCUAGCGAUGCAUUGAUCUGCACAUUAUCAAGAAUACCGUCGCAACAGUAAACGUUUCGGUUUCGAGUAACUGAAAUUAAUACACAGCGGAGUCUCGUUAGACGGCUAUCUCGCUGGAUGGGGCUGUAGGCGAGGGAAAAAUUGUGGAAAGGUUGUCGUAAAUUCGGUAUCGGAGUCAGAUACGUACUAGCAUUCGUUGAAAAGGGAGCCUUAUAGCGGGGCUGCACUGUACGCGAGGAAAGUAGCAAUAACGUACUUGUAGAUUGCAACGUAAUCGGUAGUGACUACUUCAUUCGCUAUUACAAGUAUUUUGUUUACGAUCUCUCGUUGAUGAUGGUAUUCUUGCUAAUACAUUAAGUAGCACUCUACUUUGUACAAACCAUUCGGUAUACUUUCGAUUACAAAAUGUUCGAAAGAAACUUCGACUUUCAUUUAAUCUGUAUUAUAAUAUGUAUACACUAAUAUACAUAAACGAUCACGUAAUGUCGACUCAUAGCAGUUUGCAUUUGUUCAGUAAUGAUCAUGAUUAGCGAUGUAGCUUUAUUCGUUCUUCGUCACGGGUUACGAACACUAUGCUAUCUUUUACGAUUAUUCUUUCUUUUGCGAAUCCAGUCGAAUGGCUUAUAAAAUUGUAUUCAUUAUAUUUGGUAGGUAGCGUGUAAGUAAGCAUCGAGAAAAUAUUAUUAUUCAAUAUUAAUAUGCUUUUGACAAGUAAUAUAAUAAUUGUUGAAAGAAACGUGUUUUCCAUUCACUCUUCUUGCCUUUAUUGUAUUGAGCAAGUUCUCAAUUGUUUUCGCGUUCGAAAUUCUUAACGAGCUCCAUUUAUGUACUCGAUGGCUGUGCAAUGACUCUCACGAUGAUUUUAUUUAACGGGGAUAAUCGUUCAAGAAGAAAUUACAAAAUAUACCUUUGUGUAACGUGUAAUUUAUAUCGUGCGUGAGCGUAGGGUAAACGCUUCGAGCACUUUAUCGUUUAUUAUUACCGAAAAAUCAAAUGUUAAUGAACACGUACAGACUCCUUAAGUAUAACUACGUAUUAAUAAACCUUGUAUAAACGACUAUAAAUACA